UGUAUAUCAUGGAAGUCUGCUCACAGACGCCAUGGGCACUCUAGGACCUCCUUUCAUAACUCGUUCUCAAUUUUGCAUCAAGAGAAUUCUAACACACGUACUUAGUACAUUGUGAAUUGGAAACAAUAGAAUUUGAAGUGAAUUACUGCCAGUUCAAGUAAGUUAGUUAGUUAGUUGCGUCUGCAGAAGAGGCUGGUUUGGCGUGAGCUGUUCUGUGUUCAUCAUGGCCAAGACCGUCACGUGCUCUCUCCCACGCAGUGUGCUGGCUCUGUGUGGCAGUCACUUCUUGUCGACAUGGGGUGACCGCAUGUGGAGUUACGCCGUGGCCAUCUUCCUGGUGGAGAUUGGCUGCGGGUCACUUCUGCUGCCCGCCGUGUUUGGCCUUGUCUUGGCUGCGGUGAACUUUCUGGGCAGUACGCUGAUUGGCCAAUGGGUGGACUCUUCAGUAAGACUCAGAGUUGUAAAGGUAUCAUUGUUUGCUCAAAACCUGCUAGUAACCUUUUGUGCUGGUUCCUCAUUCUCCUACUUCAGCACCAGUCGGGCUCCUAUUCCGUCCAGGACUCCGUGUACUACCUAUCGCUAGUGCUCAUCAUCGUGUUUGCUGCGGCGGCUAACCUGAUUGGCCAGGCCACGACCAUCGCCGUGGAGAGAGACUGGGUCGUAGUGCUAACUGCCGGCGACGCAGACUUACUAGCGCGUAAGUACUUGUACAGGAGAGCGUUUCAAAU